AAAAAUAUGAGGGGCCCCUAUUAAGCCUGGAAAUUCGAAUAUAUCAAAAUGGCGACUGCGCCCUCCUGCCCCAUUCCGCCAGAUUGCGAAUGCUGCAACAUAUGCAAAGAGUGUUGUUCGUAUGAAAAUUGCUGCUCACCGACCAGUUCCUUCAAAGCCCCCGUUUCAAGUCAAACAGAAUGCAAUGAUCAGGACGAUGUUAAGUGGCUUCUGGCCAACCGGAAGUACCUGCGGAAAGUUGGAUGCCCCUGCUGGGCGACUACAAAGCGCAUCUGGUUUAACAUCAAUCGCAUCAUAAUCAUUAGCCUGAGUAGACUUCUUGAUCGGCCACAACACGCAGUUUUCGAGUUUCUGUACACGUUGACGCUUCAGAACUUUAGCAAAGCUCUAAAUCCCCGUGGGCAGACCUGGAAUGCUUGUCGGGUACCAUUGACGAAUUCUGGCGUCUGUAAUAUGUAUGUGGAAAUUUUUGAUUGCCGCGGCAAUCUUCGUAAUCCAUACCAUCCGAAUGCGCUUUUAAAUCUAAUGCAAGUCAUUCAGGCGGUGCUCGGGGAGGAGGAACGGCAAGACGAAGAAGCUCAUCGCAUUCUGUAUGGAAAACCGAAGGACUUGCCUGAGCCACCGUGGAAAGCUGCCAUCGACGCGGCAAAAGAAAUUGGAGCCCUUCGUCGAUCUCGAGCACAUGCAAAGCAAAGCGUAGGUUGUGGCAGAGGUGCAAAGUGCGGAGGAGAAGCCUCUCCAAUGGACAGGGAUAGCAGCUACAACUACGGCAGCUGUUCCGGAAGCGGCAGCUACGGCAGCGGCCUAAAUGGAAAGGCGAACGAUAAGAGAGGUGGACUCCAAGGGAGUAGCUCCCGCAGUGGUGGCAGCCAACGGAGUAACCAGGGUGGUGCUGGAGCGCAGGAAGGUGGAGCGGGACCUAACAGUGGAGCUGGUGGUAGCGGUGGCGGAGGUGGUAGCGGAAGUGGUAGCGGAGGUGGUAGCGGUGGAGGUGCUAGCGGAGGUGGUAGCGGUGGCGGUAGCGGUGGCGGAGUAGGCGGUAGCCAAGGUGGUGGAGCCCAAGGGAAAGCCAACCAAGGAAAUGACGGUGGGGCUCAAGAGGGUGCCGGACAUACUGGUACCGGCCAUACUACCAAAACUGGCGGCGGUGGUGGUAAUAUGGCUGAAUCAGAAGGUGCAGCUAAAGGCGGGUCAGGGGGUAAGACUGGACCUGGCGGUGAAUCUGGCGGUAAGGGUGACAAGGGAGGUGGCAAGGGAGGUGGCAAAGGAGCUGCUGGCAAAGGAGGCGGUGGCGUAGGCGAGUCUACUAGUAGUCAUUCAGGUGGUGCCAUUAGUACUGCUACCGCUGGUGCAAACUCUAAGGGAAAUCCAAAUGAAACCGCAAAUAAUGAUGAUACUGGAAAGUCAGGAAAAGGUGGGGGUGGGCCCGGGUCGGCCAGAGCCAAGGAGAUGACAAACAUAAUAGACAACGUAAAUAAGAAAACCGGCUUGAACAAAGAUGUUGAUACUUUAGUGAAAGAAAUUAAACGUGUAAGUUUAGAAGAAACUCGAGAUAAAAAGGGAGUCCAUACUAAGGAUGCUGUAAAGGACAUUUCUGCAACGUAUAACAGCAUUACGAGAUCAAAAACCGACUUUAAGACCCAGAUCAAAAUACAGGCCUUUGAUGGACCCAAAAAACAGCCAUUGUUUUUGGGUAACGUAAACCAACCACAAGUUGGCCCAACUACUGCUCCGUCCGGGAAAAAGGCGCCUAGACGACGAUUUUAUUAUGGCGCCCCUGUACCUAUUUAUGUGCACCAUCCGUUCGAUCCGAGCAAGCCCGAAACGUGGAUGCGUCGACAUCCGCACCAGCAGCGACUCGACCAAUCUGGCCAUCUCAACGAUACCGGAGUUAUUCGUCGCUAUCGACGCGACUCCAUCGAGGCAAUAAUGCAGAGUGCUAGACAAAGAGACUCGGUUCGAAGCGUUUAUGAUAGCGGGAAUGCAUCGAAAGUGCAACCUACUUUUGGAGAUGCUGAGGACUUGCAGCGCCAAUUGAGAGAAAUGCGAAGCAUGCAGUCAAAAAUCCGAAAGAGAAUCAAAUAAGUUAUUUACUAUACUAAAGCUAAAUAUAUCAAUAUAUUUAUAA